AUGGCCGGAACCGAAACCAUCAUAGAAGAACCUAGGACAGUUCGCGAAACUCUUCGCGCCUACGACGUUCUCGAAACCGGAGUUGAGACGAGUUCAGUACCUAGCCAAAAUGCCUCACAACAACCAGUACGGUCAGAACGAAACUGGCCGUCCGACUGGCGACGAAUGCCUGCCUACCAUGAGACAAGCCGGACACAUCGGAUAUCUGACCGAUCCGCUGGACAGGAUUUGGUUGAGUCGGGGAUUGUUGUCGCGAUGUUUUCUGGGGUGUGGAUGAUGGGGACUCUUAACCGAAUAUGGCGGGCAACAGGAGGGAAAUUGAAUGGCCAGAUAAUGAGGUAUCCUGUUGGAGGAGAUUGGUAA